AAUAAUCCCUUUAAAAUGCAACACCACCUGCAUCUUUAUAACUAGUUCAUCCAUGUACUUUUUGCAGCCCCUCUCAUUUCAGUGAAAACUCCAUCGUUUCAAGUACUUUUUCUCUCUAAUUCGGCCCCUCUCUACUCUUGCAACCCCUUUUCAAACCAUCAUUGACAAAUUGCAUGCUGAAAGAGGACGAGAAAACUUCAAGGUAACCUUAAGUUCUUAACUAUCAAUUCCUUUCUCUCCCCACAUCCUUGUACUCAGAGAGUUAUAUAUUACAUGGUUUUAAAUUAUAGUCCCCAACUGCAAUUACACUAGUUAUAUAAAGAGUUUUCAAGUCCUCAACAACAGCAUCACAAUUGCAAUUGCAUCAACCUGCAUUUGUCAAUGAUUUCUCGACAGCGGUCGCAAUUUAAAACCUUGGAGAGACAUUAAACCUUAGUUUAUAAAUAUCUCUCUUCCCUCAAAAACCAAUCAGGUAGAAUAGAAGAAGUCCAUAUUAAUUUCUUCAUAUUUUGGAGCCAUGGACACCAACCAGAAUGCUACUACCACAUUCACAAAUGUUACAAAUAACACUUGGAAUCUUGAGAGGAUGAAAACAAGUGGGGGUGAGAACAACAUGACUAUCUUCCAUAAUGACCAUCAAAUUCCAAUAGGCCUUGGAAUCUGGCCUAACAAUUACCACACACCAUCCUCACCCUCACCCUCACCCUCAGCCACCACAAUGCUCUCUUCAAGCUUCCUCAGUGAUAUGCUUGGAAUCAACAUCGAAGAAGACGAAGGCGAAGAAGAGGAUAAAGAAGAAGAUGAAGAGCUAGGAGCGAUGAAGGAGAUGAUGUACAAGAUUGCGGUGAUGCAGCCGGUGGACAUCGACCCGGCCGCCAUCAGAAAACCAAAGAGGAAGAACGUGCGCAUAAGUGAUGACCCGCAGAGCGUGGCUGCACGGCACAGGCGAGAGAGGAUAAGUGAGAAGAUCCGCAUCUUGCAAAGACUCGUCCCUGGUGGAACCAAAAUGGACACUGCUUCCAUGCUGGAUGAAGCCAUUCACUAUGUCAAGUUCUUGAAGAGGCAAAUCAGGUUGCUCCAAUCAACCCCAAAUUCUCAACAUCAUCAACAACACCCUCCUCCAACACCAACAAGUUGCAAUGUUCCUGGUUUUACUAGUGAAUUGUUUUUGGCCACCACCGGUAGUUAUUGGCCUUUUGCACCAACUAUAGUACUGCAAGGUUCCACUACCACCACCACCUCCGCCCUAGGACAUGGCUAUGCUGGUGAUGAUGGCUUUAAGCAUCAUGAGGUAGUUAGUGAAUGAUUAGUAUUUUUGAUUUGUGGCUUAAGUAAUUACGGGAAUAUAUAUGAGUAUGGUCAAUGCGUGGAUGAUCAAAUUAGUCAUUGAUAAGUUUGUUUAUAAAAGAAGGAAAUACUCAUGUAGUUUUUUAUUGUAUAAAAUGUGUGUCAAGUCCCUAAAGACUGACUU